AUGCGCUGCAUUGUCCUCAAAACAGGCUCUGAUUUGGACCCUACUAUACCCAAUUCUGUCAUCUCCAUGCAUGCCAAGUUUUCAGACAUUGAAUGUGCGCGUAAGAUGUUUGAUACAAUGCCUCAUAAAGAUUCCAUCUCUUGGAAUUCAAUGAUAAAUUGCUAUGUCCAAAAUGGGUAUUUUGUUGAUUCAUUGAACAUGUUCAAGGAAAUGUAUGUGUUGGGUUUUAUACCAAAACCCGAGUUGAUUGCUAGCAUUUUAUCAGUAUGUGCCCGGACAAGACAGUUGAGGUUAGGCAGAGAGAUUCAUGCUGUUCUUGUUGUUGAUGAAAGGAUUGAGGAUUCUGUUUUUCUCUGGACGGCAUUGGUUGGCCUGUAUAUGAAGUGUAAUGAUUCAUUAAUGGCUUUUUGUGUCUUUGAUCGGAUGGAGAGCAAAAAUGAGGUUUCAUGGACCAGCAUGGUAUCGGGUUGCGCUGCUAAUCACAAUUAUGAUAUUGCACUUGACUGCUUUCGAGCAAUGCAGCUUGAAGGGAUUAAGCCCAACCGAGUAACACUGAUUGCGGUUUUACCAGCUUGUGCUGAGUUAGGUUCUAUUAAGCAUGGGAGAGAGAUUCAUGGGUAUGCUUUCCGUCAUGGGUUUGAUUCAGAAUUCCUUUUCUCCUCGGCUCUCAUACACAUGUAUUGCAAAUGCAGGGAAGCAUUACGACCUGCCAAGCUAAUUUUUGAAAGAUCAACAGUAAAAGAUGUUGUGAUGUGGAGUUCGAUCAUUGCUAGCUAUUCUCAGACCCGGGAUACUGCAGAAGAAGCAAUAAAGCAUUUCCAUCAAAUGCAAAUGGAGGGAAUUCAGCCCAACUCUGUAACACUAUUGGCAGUACUUUCUGCCUGCACCAAUCUAGCUUCUGUAAACCACGGACGUGCAGUCCAUGGCUAUAUCUUGAAAUCCAGCUUCAGUUAUGAAACAUUCAUUGCCAAUUCCCUUAUUAAUAUGUAUUUGAAGUGCGGUUGUCUCAUGGAUUCUCAUCAAAUUUUUAAAGAAAUGUAUGUGAAGGAUCCUAUUUCAUGGAGCGGGCUUAUCAAUGCACAUGCCCUUCAUGGUUAUGGGGAGGAAGCUUUGCAACUCUUCCUCGAGAUGCAAGAGCUGGGGCUGGAGCCAGAUGCAAUCACAUACCUUGCCAUUUUGUCAGCUUGCAACCAUGCUGGCCUUGUUGAAGAGGGACAGAAGCUCUUUGCUGAAGCAGUAAAAGAUGAUAAAAUAUUACUAACUACAGAGCAUUAUGCUUGCUACAUUGAUCUUCUUGGAAAGGCAGGGAAGCUUGAAGAUGCUUAUGAGAUUGUGACCACGAUGUCCAUAAAACCAAGUACAAGAAUCUGGAGCUCCUUGAUUUCAGCUUGUAAGAUUCACGGAAGAUUGGAGGUUGCAGAGAUGCUCGCACAUCGGCUUAUAAAAUUGGAUCCAGAAAAUGCUGCCAACUAUAUGUUGUUGAGUAUGGUUUAUGCUGAAUCUGGUAAUUGGUUCGGAGUGGAAGAAGUGAGGAGAGAAAUGACAGUAAGAGGAUUAAGAAAGAGCUAUGGAUUCAGCAAAAUUGAGCUGGAGAAUGAUAAUUGGUAGCAUAACCAAAAUCCGCAUGCAACUGAGCUCAACUUUGAAGGAGGAGAGGAGUGUGAGUAGAGGACUAAAAAGAACUGCCAUUCAGCAAAACCGAGAUGGAGAAUGAGUAUUUUGUGGCAGGGCUGAAAUACACGUUGAAGUAAGCUAGUUGUGGAAGAAGGAGAGCCGCGAGAGUAAGAGGAUAAAAAAAAAAAAAAAAAAACCCCAAGGUUUCAGUGGAGUCAAGCUGCAGAUUGAGAACCUGUAGCAAGGUCUAAGUCCACAUACAACUUGCCUCAAUGUGAAAGGAGUAACAUGAGACUAUUAUGCAUCUACUGUUCAUUAUGAAUCCAGUAUGAAAGACCUAACAGUACACACCUCCACUCCUAGUAAGCCAAUAGUUCACACAACAAAAAUGCGUGAUUUGGUUUUAG